AUGCCUAAUGUUCAAUUGAAUUUCACUGUCGCUGAAUACCAGCAGAGAAUCCGAAAGGUGCGAACAGCUAUGGAAGCCGCUGGAGUCGAACUGCUGAUUUCUGUGGACCCGUCGAACAUGGCGUGGCUGACGGGUUAUGACGGAUGGUCAUUCUAUACACCCCAGUGCGUGCUGCUAACCCUUUCAGACGGUCCGAUCUGGUAUGGCCGAGCUAUGGAUGCCAAGGGUGCACUGCUCACAGUACACAUGCCAGAAGCGGAUGUUCUGUCCUAUUCCGACGACUACGUGAUGACGCCGGAGCGGCAUGCGAUGGAUUUGCUGUCACAGAUUAUCACGGACCGAGGCUGGGCAAAAUCGCGUAUCGGUGUUGAAAUGGACAACUAUUACUUUUCCGCGAUGACGUAUGCAGCAUUGCAAAAAGGGCUGCCAAACGCAAAAUUUGUCGAUGCCAAUACCUUAGUCAACUGGCAACGUACUGUUAAAUCCGAACAGGAACUGAUUUACAUGAAACGCGCGGGGCGUAUUGUUGAGAAAAUGCACAAGCGGAUUUUUGAGCUCAUUGAACCCGGCAUGAGAAAAAAUGAACUUGUAGCAGAAAUCUACCACACUGCAAUAACCGGUACCGACGGGUAUGGAGGAGAUUAUGCUGCGAUUGUUCCGAUGGUGCCUUCCGGAAUUGAAACGGCCGCGGCGCAUCUGACCUGGAACGACCUUCCCUUCAAGUCUGAUGAAGGUUCAUUUUUUGAGAUCGCCGGUUGCCAUCGUCGCUAUCACUGCCCGUUAUGUCGAACGAUCUUUCUUGGCAAUCCACCGGAAAAAUUUCUGAAUGCCGAAAAAGCCGUUCAAGAAGGCAUGGAAGCAGGCCUAGCGGCUGCUCGCGCAGGAAAUCUUGCCGAAGACAUCGUCAUCGCAUUUAAUCGGGUGUUGAACAAGUACGGAUUUACCAAAGACGGCAGGUCGGGCUACCCGAUUGGCCUCAGUUAUCCACCUGACUGGGGCGAGCGGACCAUCAGUUUGCGGCCGGGCGACAGGACAGUGCUUGAGAAAAACAUGACAUUUCAUUUCAUGACCGCUUUGUGGUUGGAUGACUGGGGAUUUGAAAUCACAGAGAGCCUGAUCAUCAAAGAGAACGAACCUGAACUGCUGGCGAAUUAUCCUCGCAAGCUGCUCAUUAAAAACUGA